UGCUCAUUCAAUAAAAUCAAUAUUGAUAUUACCAUUCAAAAUUUGCAGAAACUGAAAGAAAGGUUUAAGAUUGACAUUCCUCACAGAUUCAAGGUCACCACCUACUUGAGUCCCACUUUCUGUGACCACUGUGGUUCCAUGCUUUAUGGGCUAUUUAGACAAGGAUUAAAAUGUGAAGCUUGUGGUAUGAACUGUCAUCACAAAUGUCAAAAACAUGUUGCAAAUUUGUGUGGAAUUAAUCAAAAAGCAUUUUCUGAAGCCCUUGGACAAGCUAAUGCUGAUAAACAAAGACGACUGAGUCAGUUGCCACCAUCACCCACCCAUGAAUCCUCUGCUCCAUCAGUUGCAAGUUUCGACGACGCAAUCUUGGAGAAACAAUACGAAAAGAUAGCUGAUGAAUACGAGGAAAUGUGGCAGGCUGAGGCACCGAGGCCUCCACCGAGAUCAAGUAGUGUUAGCAAACCUAGCAAGAAAUACACGCUGCAAGAUUUCACUUUUCUUAAAGUACUUGGUAAAGGAAGCUUUGGAAAGGUCCUGUUAUCAGAAUUAAAAAGCACCGGUCAAGUAUUCGCUAUCAAGGCUUUGAAAAAAGAUGUUGUUUUAGAAGAUGACGAUGUGGAAUGCACAAUGAUUGAGAGAAGAGUUCUGAGCAUCGCAAGUCGACAUCCAUUUUUAACUUCCAUCAUUUGUGCCUUCCAGUCCAAGGAACACUUAUUCUUUGUCAUGGAAUAUGUGAAUGGAGGUGAUCUCAUGUUCCACAUCCAAGUUGCGGGCAAGUUUGAUAACUAUCGUUCAUGUUUCUAUACUGCUGAAAUUGUUUGUGGCUUGGAGUUCCUACAUAGUCUUGGAAUCAUAUAUAGAGAUUUAAAAUUGGACAAUGUUCUAAUGGACUCAAAAGGUCACAUAAAGAUCGCUGACUUCGGCAUGUGCAAGGAGAAAAUACUGGAUGGAAACAAAACGUCAACAUUUUGUGGCACUCCAGAUUAUAUUGCGCCAGAGAUUUUGAAAGGUCAAAAAUACGAUGCUUCAGUGGACUGGUGGUCACUUGGUGUUUUGCUCUAUGAAAUGUUGAUUGGGCAGUCUCCGUUUGCUGGCGAGGAUGAAGAAGAUCUUUUUGAUUCGAUAUGUCGUGAUAAAGUUCAUUAUCCAAAGUGGGUCUCACAAAGUGCCGUAUCUUGUAUGGUCCAGUUGUUGGAGCGUAACGUUGGCGACAGACUUGGUUACAAAGAGGGCAGCAAUGGAAAUAUACGAAAACACGAGUUUUUCUCCAAACUGAAUUGGAGACAGUUAGAAGCAAGACAAAUUGAAGCUCCGUUUAAACCAAGCAUUCGUUCACCACGAGAUGUAGAAUAUUUUGAUGCCGACUUCACUGCUGAAGCGCCUAAACUAACGCCAACAGACAAAGCUUUACUGGCUUCUAUUGAUCAGACUCAAUUCAAAGGGUUUUCAUAUGUCAAUCAGCAUUUUAACCGUGAUUCUUAGUAAUAUGUAAGUGAGUGAAGACCAUGUUGUGAUUUUAUAUAUACAGAUAUCUAUCAUACGCUCUGACUUUUAUCGUAAUGCUUGAUGUAGACUAUUCACAAUUAGUUUGCUAUCAGUAUGGAAAAUUAUGUAAUUAUAGACUAAUCGCAGGACUGUCACACGCACCUUGGUUUUGGUUUAACUUAAGAAAAUGGUAUUUAUGGCAAAAAUUAUGCACAAUCAUGUGACUCGCGCAGGCGCUGUUUGAACUAUGACGACACCAGGCCACUGCACCAGGCUCUGCGUCCAUUCGGCUUGAUGAUGAUGUGAAGUUAAGCCGUGGAACAUUUAGUAACUUGCA